AUGUCAGUAUUAUCACUAGGAGCUAUUGAAAGAAAUGUUAAUAAAUGUGUAGAAGAUGCAAAAAGCUCAUCUUCCUUUCAUGAACGUACCCAGUACACGGACAUCAGCCCCAAAAUGAAUCUUUUCAGAACUUCAAAUAAGGAUAAGACAGGAUCAGUUUCUGUACCUGAUGCCAUCCAGAAACUUCGUGACAUAGAACUACUUCUUCAGAAGAAACAAGACUUUUUAGAAACAAAGAUUAAAAAGGAAGACAAUUUAGCAAGGCGACAUGCGAAAACCAAUAAAACGUUGGCCUUGCAAGCGCUACGAAGAAAGAAGCGCUACGAGACCUAUCUACAACAAGUAGACGGAACUCUGACUACCGUAGAAAUGCAAAGAGAAACCUUGGAAGGGGCACACACCGAUAAACUCGUCUUAGAGUCCAUGAAAGUAGCUUCGCAGGCGCUGAAAACUGCGAAUAAAAAGUUGAAUGUCGACGAAGUGCACAACGUCAUGGACGACCUCGCAGAGGAAAGAGACAAAGCGCUAGAAGUUUCUGAAGCCAUCUCCAAACCCGUCGGCUUUGGAUUCGACGACAUCGACGAGGAUGAUUUGCUGAAGGAGUUGGAAGAGAUGGAGCAGGAAGAGGUGGACCAGCAACUGCUGAAUGUCGAGUUGCCGUCCACGUCCCAAGAUGUCCCGGCUUCGACUUCCAAGCGAAAGGAGAAGAACAGGCCACGGGACGAUGACGAAGCUGAGCUGGCUGCCAUGGGGCAAUGGGCCUCCUGAUUUCUUCUCUUGUUCAUAUGCACUGGUUGAUUCAUCAUUAUUUCUUAAAUAAAUGUGCAUAAAUAAUUUUAAAAACAAUCAGUUUCUUAGUGCGUAUUAAAUGACAUCAGCAUUCUACCAAACAAAUGAUUGCAAUUCUGUUAAUGCAUCCAUAUAAUUUUUUGUAAUGUUUCUCCAUGUAUUAGUUCCAAAACUUUAAAAUUGGUCCUCAAAAGCAUCCUUUAGAGAGACAAAAACACAAGAUCAUCUAACAGUAAGAUUAAAAUAUUUUAAAAUAUUUCCUAUU